AUGGUACUGUUGAGCGCUUCAAAGCACGAUUGUUUGCUAAGGGAGUAUAAUCAGCGAGAAGGUGUUGAUUUUGUGGACAUUUUUUCUUCAGUGGCCAAACUUGUUACUUUAAGGCUUGUUCUCGCUCUUGUUGCAAUUUUUCAUUGUUUGAUUUUUCAAACGGACGUACAUAACGCAUUUCUUCAAGGUGACCUUCCUGAAGAAGUCUACAUGAAGAUGCCAGACGGUUUUUGCAGUCCUGGGAAGAACAUGAGUAAAAAUGAUUAUUCGCUCUUUUCAAAACGACAUGGUGACAAGCUGGUGAUUAUGCUGAUUUACGUUGAUGAUUUGUUGAUAACUGGGAAUUGUCUUGAUUUGAAUUUGCAUCUUGCCACUGUUGAGUAUGAUGAAAGAACAAAGCAACAACUUGAAGAUGAUAUGUAUCUUAGUCAAUUCAUGCAACAACCUAAACGUUCACAUCUCGAGGCUGCUAUGAGAGUUGUUAGAUACUUUAAGAAAGACCAUGGUCGUGGUAUUUCAUUAAGCAGUACGAGUAAAAUGCAGCUGAUUGCCCAUUGUGAUUCGGAUUGGGCAUCUUGCCUGGUCUCCCAAAGGUCAGUUACCGGUUUCUGUGUGAGACUUGGAGAUUCUUUAGUUUCUUAG